AUGACCAGCGCAGAGAGCUACUAUCCUGACGAGCCUGUUAAGCCAGUGGUUAAGACGUCUACCAUUCCAGGUCCAGAGUCUGCAAAGCAAAUCGCCCAAUUAGAUCAAGUUUUCGAUGCAAGGCCAGCUUAUUUUAUUGCCGAUUAUGAGAAAUCUAUUGGUAACUACAUUGUUGACGUGGAUGGUAAUGCAUAUUUAGAUUUAUAUGCGCAAAUAGCCUCCAUUGCCUUGGGUUACAAUAAUCCCGCUUUGAUUAAGGCCGCACAAACGCCUGAAAUGAUUCGUGCAUUGGUAGACCGUCCAGCUUCAGGUAACUUCCCGUCAGCAGACCUACAAAAAACUAUUAAACAAAUUUUGAAGUUUGCUCCAAAGGGUCAAGAUCACGUUUGGUCAGGUCUAUCAGGUGCUGAUGCUAAUGAAUUAGCUUUUAAAGCUGCUUUCAUGUACUAUCGUGCAAACCAAAGAGGUUAUGACACUGAUUUUUCCACCGAGGAAAACCAAUCUGUCAUGGAGAACACAGCCCCUGGUGCCCCACCGUUAGCUGUUUUGUCGUUUAAAAGAGCAUUCCAUGGUAGAUUAUUUGCCUCAGGUUCAACAACAGUUUCUAAACCAAUUCACAAAUUGGACUUCCCAGCUUUUGAUUGGCCUCAUGCUGAUUAUCCAUCUUAUAAGUAUCCAUUGGAUCAAUAUGAACAAGAAAACAGCCUUGAAGAUGACCGCUGUUUAGCACUGGUUGAACAUCUGAUUAAAACAUGGAAAACACCAGUUGCAGCACUUAUCAUUGAACCAAUUCAAUCAGAAGGUGGUGAUAAUCAUGCUUCUAAUUAUUUCUUGCAGAAACUAAGAGAUAUCACCUUGAAACACAAAGUUGUUUACAUUGUUGAUGAAGUUCAAACUGGUGUCGGUGCCACUGGUAAAUUUUGGUGCCACGAAUAUGCUGAUAUUCAACCACCCGUUGAUUUAGUCACGUUCUCUAAAAAGUUCCAAAGUGCUGGCUACUUCUUCCACGAUCCAAAAUUUGUUCCAAAUAAGCCUUACAGACAAUUCAAUACCUGGUGUGGUGAACCAGCAAGAAUGAUCAUUGCUGGCGCAAUCGGUCAGGAAAUUGUCGACAAAGAUUUAACAGCACAAGUUCUUCGCGUCGGUGAUUACUUGUUCCAGAAAUUAGAAGCUUUGCAAAGCAAGUACCCAACCAGAUUUCAAAACCUUAGAGGUAGAGGUAGAGGCACAUUCAUCGCUUGGGACUUACCAUCGCCAGAAGAAAGAGACUUACUCUUGAAAAAAUUGAAAUUAAAUGGUUGCAAUGUAGGUGGCUGUUCUACCAACGCUGUCAGAUUAAGACCUACUCUAACCUUCGAGGAGAAACAUGCUGAUAUCUUCAUUGAGGCUCUUUCUAAGACCGUUGCUGAUCUAUAA